AUGCGGAAUUCGCUAUCCCUUGUAGUUCUAGACCAACCCAUGCAAAACUCUCAGUACGCCUUAGAUAUUGAUUCGGAUAGUUCCAUGGUUAAUGGAGGUGAAAACUUGUUUUUUCCAAGUUUAUCAACGUUGUCUAGGAACAUGAAUGAAGGGGAGAAUGUAAACAAAAAUAACGUGAAAUCUGGAAGAAAGAAUAAAUAUAUUCCACCAAGGGUGGCUUUUCAUGCCAGAAGUGCAGAAGACAUUCUUGAUGAUGGGUACAAAUGGCGAAAAUAUGGGCAGAAAACUGUGAAGAAUAGCAUUCAUCGCAGAUGCUCCAGUAAAUCGCCAAGAAGAGGUGGAAAAAUUUUCAUGUGCAACUGGAUUGAAGAUUUUGCUUGA